AUGGUCGUUAUCGCGAGCAACGAUGACCAAACGUGGAUUUUGAGGACGUCAGGGGUCGUGCGGUGCAUAGCAGAGCAGAGGGUUACGGAGACUACCAGGAUCGCGAUGCGCGACAUUGGGAUGAGGGUUUCGCUAGCUUCAGGGGUUGCGAUGUAUAAUGUGAAAAUGACGGCUUCGAUGAGUUCAAUGGCCGCUUUGCGUCGGGCCAAUGCGGGUUUCGGGAGGCCGAGGGUGUCGGCUUGGACGGCAUUCGGCUGCGCAGGCCCGCGGUUCGAGGGGUCGCACUCAUUGUUCAUCGAGGAGGUCGGCGACUCCAACUUGGGCGGUUUCUACGACCAUCUGCCGGUUUUCCAUGAGGAGGCCCAGAGUCGAAGGAACAUCUUUGCGGGGACAUGA